AUGGUAGUACACAAUCCUAACAAUUGGCAUUGGGUCGAUAAGAACUGUAUCGAGUGGGCGCGCCAGUAUAUGCGCUCAAAACUGGUCGGAUUGAGUUCAAACGAGAAAACCGGCAAGCAUGCAGAGAUUGCGUCUGUUUCCGCGGUUGAAGGUGACUGUGAAGUGAGCCAGCGCAAGGGUAAAGUGAUCUCGUUGUUUGAUUUAAAGGUCGUGAUGAUGUUGAAAGGUUUCGUUGGCGAAGAGCCUUUCGAAGGUAGUAUCACGGUUCCUGAGGUCGCGUUCGAUUCGCAGCCAGAUGACUACCAAUUUGAGAUUUCGAUAUACAAAGAGACCGCUCAGCUCAGUGAGGUGAAGCCCGUGAUUCGCAGCGAACUCAUUCCAAAACUAAGAGACGUUUUUUCCGGGUUUGCACAUGACCUGUUGGUGACCCACGGUGACGAUAUCCAGGUCCCAGAGAGCCAAGUCCAAUCUCAAUUCACCAGAGCGAACCAAAAGAGUCUCUCGCAGGGCGGUGCAACUAAAUCGGAACCCAAAUCCAUUGCAAAGUCCAGUACUGCCACAGCGACUUCGAGCAGUGGUGCCGCAGGUCCCCAGAGCGUUGCUAAUUCCUCUUCUACCGCUCCCAAGUACAAUACCACGACCUUGCAUUUGGAGCCCACUUUCAACGUUCCCGCUAUCGAAUUGUACAACACUUUUCUCGACAAACAACGUAUAAUGGCAUGGUCGAGAUCCCAUCUGAUAUGUGCGUCGAGCAGCCCUCGCAUAGAAAAGGGCGACGAAUUCACUCUAUUUGGGGGCAACGUUACCUCUAAAUUGGAACAAUGCGAGCCAGGUAAAAAAUUGGUCUUCGCUUGGAGACUCAAUGAGUGGCAAUCGGGUCAUUUCAGUGUUAUGACCAUGAAUUUGCAUGAAUCCAAAGAUUACCACGAAACCAAAUUGCAAGUCACUUGGAGCGGCGUUCCUGUUGGUGAAGAGGACAAAGUAAGAGGCAAUUUCGAAGAAUAUUAUAUAAGAAGCAUCAAAAUCACAUUUGGAUUCGGUGCUGUCUUGUAA